AUGCUGGUGCACAGCGAAUGGUCACGUGAACAUGGCUGGCGGGUGGCCAAGAGGCCCGGCGUCGACUACUUCCUGCGCUACCUCAGCCAAUAUUACGAGCUGGUUCUCUUCACGUCAGUCCCUUUCGCAAUUGGCGAGCCCCUCGUUCGCAAGCUCGACCCCUUCCGCUUCAUCAUGUGGCCCCUGUACCGUGAGGCGACCAAGUACAACGACGGCGAGAUCGUCAAGGACCUGUCUUAUCUGAACCGUGACUUGUCCAAGGUCAUCAUAAUCGACUCCAAGGCUAGCCACGUCCGCAACCAACCCGAGAACGCCAUUGUGCUCGACAAAUGGACCGGCGACUCCAAGGACAAGGAUCUCGUCGGCCUCAUUCCUUUCCUUGAGUAUAUCCACACCAUGCAGUACGGUGACGUCCGCAAGGUCCUCAAGUCCUUUGAUGGCAAGCACAUCCCUACCGAGUUCGCCCGUCGUGAGGCCAUCGCCCGCGCCGAAUUCGAGAAGCAGCUGGCGGCUAAGGGCAAGAAGACCCCCUCCGGCAUGGGCAUGCUCGGCGGUAUGCUCGGCCUCAAGCCUUCCAACAUGGCUCUGAUGCAAUCCCCUGACGGCGAGCUGAGCCCCGCCGAGGCUUUCGCGCAGGGCAAGAUGCUUCAGGAUAUUGCGCGUGAGCGUGGCCAGCGCAACUACGAGUUGCUCGAGAAGGAGAUUAGGGAAAACGGUGCCAAGUGGCUGAAGGAGGAGGCGGAUAUGCAGGAGAAGGCCCAGCAGGAGGCCCUUAACAGCAUGAUGGGCUCCUUCUCGGGCUGGUUCGUCCCCUCCAAGACGGAGGAGAAGCCUGCCAACGGAAAGACGGCAUAA